UCGCGGAACGUCAUCUUGCAUUUGUCUAUUGUUCAUCGUUCUUUGCGUGCGUCCUAAAGUUUUUUCUUUGUUAUUAUUUUGCAAUUAGACGCGUCGCAAUCGAACUAUAAAUAUUGAAAAAACUUAAUUUAGUGUGAAAGUUUGUUUAUGUUCUAUUUAUAAAGUGAAUUAGUGCAAGGUGAAGCGAUGUAAUUUCGAUUUGAAGUUGCGGAAUUUCAGUGAAUUUUUCGAGUUCUGCUAGUCGUUCGCAAUCAGUGGAAUUCGGCUCGCGCCUGCCUCCGCUCAUACGUUUCUCCAAUAAGAUUUCAGCGAUUCCAAUGAGAUCUAUUACAAUAAAUUGUUCGCUACUCGGAUGUAUGCUGUGGUCGCGUUCGCCGUUCCGUGUCCGUGUGGCUGAUUAUCCGCCUGCUGCUGGUUGCCUCGUCUUGGAUUUGCCUCAAAUGUAAACUUUCCGCACGUGUAAAAAAUAAAAUGCCAAUAGUGUACUAAAUGAAAUAGUUUACCAAAUACUUAUGAUCAAGAUCUUAGCAAGCUGAAUACCAAAAGUAGUCAUCAAGGAAUGCGCGUUGAACCGUUUCUCAGUUUGUAAAGUUGUUGUUAACGUCGUUGAUAAAGAAUAAAUAAAAAGUGCAAAUAUUUUACAACAAAGUGUGUUGUAAGUCUAUAGUGAUGUGGAUUCUUAUUCAAAUUAACUGUUUUUGUGCUUUUCGCAGAAUUUACACAUUGAAAAUAUUGUAAAUACAAUAAAAAAAUACAACGGCGCUCUACUAUGCCACGAUUGCUCACUAGCACUCCCGCAACACUUAUCUUGAUUAAAUAUUAUACUAAGAAUAAAGUGGAUCACAAUACGACAAAAGUAGCCAAGUAGUCAAAUCAGCCUAUAGUCUACACAAAAAAGUAGUAGAUAAAAAAGUAAAGCUUGAGCCAAAGUCGGAAAGUUACAAAGAACAAAAGCCAACAAAACCUAGGCUAGGAAAAGUGUGCAAUCGGCAACCAAAAAAAAAAAAAAUUUAUAUUUUUGGCUUUGCUUAAGUGACUUGAUUGUGAUAUGACUACUAAAUAUCACAAGAAUGCAUCCAGCGGGCGAAAAAAGGGGUCGCCCCAAAAAUAAAUAUACAGCCGAGGCGCUCGAAUCUAUUAAACAAGAUCUGACGCGAUUUCAAGUACAAAGGGAUAAUGGUGCAGCACAGAAUUUCACACCGUUGCGGUACAAUGCUGUUAAUGGUGGUCGUUCCGACCCGCCGGAUUAUAUGCACGCCAAGUUGAUGGAACCACUGCCAUCGGUGUCACCAUUACCUGUCGCACCACCGCCUAAUCCCCAACUAAAUGGGCAUGUACCAAAAGUUCUGCCACCGGGUCUUAUUUCGUCGAAAUUGAAUCGAAAGCCAAGCAUCGAACGGGAAACUCCGCUUAAUUAUCUGCAGCGAUGUAGUCCGGCAUUGGAUUCUGGUGCAGGCAGUUCCCGCUCGGACAGCCCGCAUUCGCAUCAACAAGUCGCAAAUGCUGGACGCGUCGGAACUGGACAAUAUUCACCGUCACCUUCCAGUUUCAGCGAUGUUGGGCCGCCGGCACCGCCGCCACGGCAUCCGACAACGGUAAAUUCCGCAACACCGCCGCCGCCACCUCCCAAUCAGCACUACAAACGGCGAUCUCCUGCAAAUACACGGCCAGCGGCGAUCACACCCAGUCCAACAACACGCGGCACUUCCCCAGUUAUAGUACGUAACGGCAUUAAGGCACAACAACAACUGUCACAAAUGAAGGCGCUAAGCCUGUAUCAAGCUGGUGGCAACGCCGUUGAACCGCCGCCUCCGCCGUAUCCUAUCAAUACAGUGGUGGUAGCGACAUCAGCGCCGCCGCCUAGCUACACGGCCUCCAUGCAAUCACGUCAGUCGCCCACGCAGUCACAAUCCGACUAUCGAAAGUCUCCAAGCAGCGGCAUAUACUCAGCCACCUCUGCCGGCUCGCCCAGCCCCAUCACUGUGACAAACAGCGCGAACCUACCACUGCAGCCGACCGCUGUGGCGCGUCCGCAGCCGCGAACCUACGCGCGCACCCAGCAGCCAAUCAUCAUGCAAAGUGUGAGAUCGACGCAGGUGCAAAAGCCGGUUCUGCAAACAGCGGUGGCGAUACAGACACCGGUAUCGGCGUCGGCCUGCAAUUCUCCUGUACACAUUAUGCCCGUGCCACCUUCAUACCCCCAAAAAUCCGCCGUCGUAGUACAACAGCAGCAAGCAGCUCAACAGCAAUCGCCGUUGUUGGCUGGUGGCGUUCCUACCACGCUAAGCGCUGCGGGCAAGUCAGCGACUCCCACUACGCCGCCGCUUAUUGCGAACGCGCUAAACGGCACCGUGGUAAGCAAACCGCCCUGCAUCGAGCCACCUUCGUAUACCGUAACAAUGCAGGCGAAGGCCGCUCAGCAUCAUCAGCAGCAACAACAGCAACCAUCAUCAGCAGCUGUCACUGCAGCCCAGUUGCGCGCAGCUGCAGCUUUAGUUGCACAACAACAGCAACAGCAGCAGCAAAAGCAGGUGAGCGCAGUACCAGUUCCAGCACGUCAGUUGCCCCCACCACCGCCCUACCAGAGCACACGCGCUGCUGCUGCGCCACCGACGCUCACUAUUGCGGAUAUGAGUGGCAAUAAUAAUAUGAUGGAAAUUAAGGCAAAUAACAAGGUGGCGCUCCACAACAACAUAAUAAAUAAUAACCAAAUCACAAACAGCAACUUGACAACAACACCGCCAAUACCACCGGCGAAAAAUAGCGGUGGCAGUGGUGGCACAACCAGUUCUGGCAGUGGGGGCGGUGCAUCACCAGCGGCAUCGAGUACCGCAGUGGCAGGUGGCGCCGUUAGCAAAGGCGGAAGUGGUGGAGAGAAAGUCAAGCACGCCUCGCCCAUACCAGAGCGAAAAAAAGUCUCCAAAGAAAAAGAAGAGGAGCGCAAAGAAUGCCGCAUAACGCAGUACUCCCCUCAGGCUUAUAAAUUCUACAUGGAACAGCACAUCGAAAACGUGAUCAAGUCAUGCAAGCAACGUGCGUAUCGAAAGAACCAACUGGAAAAGGAGAUGUCACGCAUGUGUUUGCCCCAGCAGGCGCAAGUGGAGAUGCGGAAAAUGUUAAGCCAAAAGGAGAGUAAUUAUAUACGCUUGAAACGCGCCAAAAUGAACAAAAGCAUGUUUGAGAAAAUCAAGGACAUAGGUUUGGGCGCAUUCGGUGAGGUGUCGCUGGUUAGAAAGAUUGACACAACGAAUCAUCUGUAUGCCAUGAAGACGCUACGCAAGGCGGAUGUACUGAAGCGUAACCAGGUGGCGCAUGUGAAAGCAGAACGUGAUAUUUUAGCGGAGGCCGAUAACAAUUGGGUUGUUAAAUUAUACUAUAGUUUUCAGGAUAAGGAAAAUUUAUAUUUUGUGAUGGACUACAUACCGGGCGGCGACUUGAUGUCUCUAUUAAUUAAGAAAGGCAUAUUUGAAGAACCUUUAGCGCGGUUCUACAUUGCCGAAUUGACAUGCGCUGUUGAAAGUGUACACAAAAUGGGUUUUAUUCAUAGGGAUAUCAAACCUGACAAUAUACUCAUCGAUAGGGAUGGUCAUAUUAAAUUGACGGAUUUUGGAUUAUGUACUGGGUUUAGAUGGACACACAAUUCUAAAUAUUAUCAGGAAAAUGGCAACCAUUCGCGACAAGAUUCAAUGGAGCCUUGGGAAGAGUACUCCGAAAAUGGGCACAGACCAACAGUCUUAGAAAGGCGACGCAUCCGCGAUCAUCAAAGAGUAUUGGCACAUUCACUGGUGGGAACGCCAAAUUAUAUUGCACCAGAAGUGCUGGAACGUAGUGGUUACACGCAGCUUUGUGAUUGGUGGAGCGUUGGUGUUAUACUCUAUGAAAUGUUAGUCGGGCAACCGCCAUUUUAUGCGAGUACUCCAGUAGAAACACAACAAAAAGUAAUAAAUUGGGAAAAAACUCUGCACAUACCGCCGCAAGCGAAAUUAACCCCAGAAGCUACUGACCUGAUACGACGCUUAUGUUCGUCAGCGGAUAAGCGUCUUGGCAAAAAUACAGAAGAAGUGAAAGCGCACCCAUUUUUCAAGGGUGUAGAUUUUGCUGAUAUGCGCCAGCAAACUGCACCCUAUAUUCCAAAGAUAGAAUUUCCCACAGAUACGUCCAAUUUUGAUCCGAUUGAUCCGGAUAAAUUACGUUCGAAUAAUUCAAAUGUAAGCGGCGAUGAUUUUGCUGAUAGCGACAGACAGUUCCAUGGAUUUUUCGAAUUUACAUUUAGGAGAUUUUUCGAUGAUAGAUUCAAUCCUGAGAUGACAGACGAUCAUUCAACGUAUCAGGACGUCGGAAAUACAACACAGAGCAAUCAUAAUGCAAACGAACAGUUUAUUUAGUCAUUUAAGUAGUUAAUAGGGGAAACUUAUAAAUACAAAAGUAUAAGAAAUUGUGUUUGUAUGCAGUUAGUUAUGUAGUUAAUUAAUGUAAUGUCACAAAAAUCUCCUAGUUUGAAGUUUGAAUAAGAGCAAAGGUAUAGCAGACUGUUAAUGCAAUAUUUAAUAUAAAACCUUAUCGCCCACCGUAAAAAAGAGAAAAAAAGAAAGGGGGGGAAAGUACACAUAAAUAUAUCAGCAGAUAUACAUAAACGAUCGUUGUGCUAAAUAUCAAAAUAUAUUAUCUGCAUACUAGUUCAUGCCAGUGGUGCACACAUAUUUCAUCCGAUGCAAAAUGUGAAAUAGAAAAUUAUUAAUUACAUUUGUAAAAAUUUUUUCUUAGUUUUUUUACCGCUGAACAUCGACUGUUAAAGUUUUU